AUGAAAAAAAACAAACAACCACGUUUGAUUAGUGAUAAUUAUACACGCGAUGGGGAUCGUGUUCAGUUUGAUAUUAUUCAAAGUAGAAGAGGUUUACAAGCAUAUAAUGUAGAACGUUUUGUUUAUCAAACGUUAGGACAACGAUUAGCAAGUGGAUGGGCGACGGCCACUGAAGACUGUGUGACCGUCACUAGACAGCCAAAAGAUGUUAUUGCUAAGCCUGCAUCAUCAGAGGCUUCAUAUGAUGUUGAGAAACGAUGA